GAGCCGGGGGCUCUGUGGGAAUUCGCCGGAGCUUCUCUGCCUGAGCCUCUCGGCGGUGACGGCGCUCGAAGCCCCUCGUCUGUUUGUGCCUCUGCACUCCGGGAGAGUCGGCACUCAGCAGGGAAACAAUGUUCUAAGAAUGUCAUCAGGCAUCCAAAUAAAAACAAAGACUGCAGCACCUAAAAGCAAGACAUGUUCUACAGAAUCACAGCCAAAGCCUAGUGACAAGCUGAAUCCUAAAACUAUUGAUCCAUUUCGUGCUUAUUCUCAACCACCAUCUGCAUUUGCUGCUACAUAUGCUAGAGGUGGCAUUCCGUGCAGGUUAAUGCAUGGAUCAGUAAAGCACAAACUGCAGUGGGAAUGCCCUCCUGGAACUCUUCUCUUUGAUCCUCUUCUUUUAACAUUGGCAGAGGGACUAAGAGAGACAAAACAUCCCUAUACUUUUGUUUCCAAGGAGGGUUUCAAAGAAUUACUUCUGGUUGAAGGUGCUGCUGAAAAAGCAAUUCCCUUGUUGCCUCGUCUAGUUCCAGUCUUAAAGGCUGCACUGGCACAUGUGGAUGAUGAAGUUUUUGGCAGGGGAUUGGAUGCUUUAGUGCAAUUGAGUGCUGUUGUUGGCCCAUCUCUUAAUGAUCAUCUUAAGUUUCUGCUCACAAAUCUUUUAAAGAGAUUAAUGGACAAGAAAUAUAGAGAAAAAGUUACUGAUGCUUUACAAAAGUUGGAGCACCAUGGUGGAAAGGCAACUGUGGCUAUCAUCAAGUCUAAAAUUCCAACCUAUUGUUCUAUCUACUCUUGAACAAGGAAACUGUAGUGAUUUGUACUGUAAGGUGAAUUUUGGAAACAAACUGUCUGUAAAUAUCACUGACACUUACUUGGGGUAUGAUAUAUUCCCUUAAAAUAAUAAUAAUUCUUAAGUAUGAUGGAGAGCAGGAGUCUUAUCAGUUUGUAAAUAUAUAAUUAUGGAAGACUUCUCCUUGUAUAUUGUAUAUGCAUUGGGCUUACAAUGACACUGAUUAAUGUGCUGUUAUUUCAAAGCAGAAUAAAUACUGAUUCUUAUUUCGUUUUUAACUUACAAUUUCAUUUAUUAUAUCUGCAGUGCUCUUAAUAUGUUUUGUAUAUUUGUGUGAUGCAAAAUAAUUUGGUUGU